GUACCACUGCAACACCGACUGCCUCCUGUUGAGCGAUUGCGGCACGCAGACGCGCAGCGCCUGCGGUGGCAGCCUCUACUUGCGAAAUCUCGACAUGCGGCUGGGCUCGCGUCUCGCGACCGAGAUAUUGGACCCAGCCAAGUGCCACAAAG